GUCUAUGGAAGAUACAUAUCCAUUCCCGAGGAAAGAGCGGUGAGGCUGUCGUCCGAAAGAGUGAGUUUACUGGACUCGAAUGGACACUUAUGUCUGGGAAACUCGUCAACACCUCAAACCCUGAAAGACGGAUUUAAAAAGAAUCUCUUGGAACUGAACACGACUGUGAUCUACAAGACAAACCCGGAGAAGGUAACAUUACUGCAUGGUGUUAACAACACACUGAUUUCACUGGAAGACAUCAAAGAAAAGGACUUCACAGUCACGACUCGUGCUCGAUACAAUGUCACUGUCACGCAAAACGGAAGCUGCACCCAAGUGGAAAAACAAGUCACUGGAACAAUGAUUCAGCUGUAUGAAUUUAACCCCAACAAAGCUGACAUAGCCGGCAUCAAUUUUAAGUUGAUUGUUACUCUAAUCAUGCUGAUGGAAUUGCUUAAUGAGCGUUAUUCUUCAUAAGGAAGCGAGGCUAACAAAAAAACUGUUUUUAGUAAGCUGAUAGUUAAAUUUGUACUAUUAGCAUGCAUUGCUUGAUCGUAAAUGAUUUUCUUAAGAAGAGUGAAUUACACUUAAUUCUGGUCAGCGGAUACCCUGUUUUGUCAAUUGACCAUUAUAUGCCUGGAUGUUCAAUGCAUUGUAUUAACUUACACACAAGGUUGGCCACCUAGCUAAUAAGUGUUACAUUUCACAUCAGCUUAAAUAUAGGAGAAACUCUGCGAACGAACGUACGAUUACUUCAUAACCAAAAUUUCCUGGAUGCAAAAUCAAAUCUUAGCCUGAGUGCGCCAUUAAUUACAAUUUUACGAAUAUGUUGUAUUUGUCAACUUAUAUUUCUGCUAUUAAACGUAUUUUACCACGUGCUGUUUUAAUAAAUUUAUACAACAAAAAAAUUUCAAAAAAACCGUUUACGCCGGAGAAGAAGAAAAAGAAAUUCAAGAAAAUUACAUUGCACGGAGCACAAGCUAAAGAAAGUGUGUUCCAUUAUAUGAAUUGACAUACUUAAAUGUCUUUUCACCAGAAAAGGAUAUGAAAGUGUGAACUUUCUGACUAAAAAUAUGAGAACAUUUUUCCGUACAACUAUAAAGACAGUUGCUCUAAGGCAAAGCGAGGGCGCGAACUUGGAUUUCGGGAAAUGUAUUCCCAAUACUGAUCCGUUUUUUCUGAACACCAAACCUAUCGCCAACCACUGGUGAUAUUUUUUUAAAAGGUGCUUUUUGCUGAAAAAUUGGGGUCCACAUUUCGCCAAAAAAAAAAUCAUUACUUUACAAUUCAAAUUAUUUUAUAAUAUUGUGGAAUGAUUAGCAAAGGAGUUUCUCUGAAACUAAACAGUUCGGAGACAAAGUUCGUAUGGAGCAAUCCUAAACGAGACGAAACUUGUUACGUGACGUCAGCUCGAACUAAAACAUUUUUCGGACCAAGUGAAUUCCCAAAUAAUACAGAGGAGAAGUCGUUACGUCACGUUGCCACGGUAGCAAAUUUUCUGCAUAACAACAAACUUAAAACUUCACUCAAAAGUGAAUACGCACUGUUUCAAUCUUCAUUGAUCUUAUUCAAUUUCAUUUCAUUUGUAAAAUGUUGGCGACAUUUUCUGGUAGUGAAUCCGAAAGGACCUUAUAUAAGUUUAGAAAAAGAAAAAGGACUUUUUUGUGUUUUGUUCUCCUACUUCAUAAAGCGGGCGCAUGAAAUUAGGAAGUUUCAUGUCGCAGUCGUACAACCACGGCUAAGAAAUGUGCAAAAAAGCGUGAUGCACGUGCAAAGUUGUUGUUUUGCUAAUAAACCUGUUGUUUUGUUUGCUGUUCUCUUUACCGUCGCCGUCGCCAUCGUCGUUGCUCAAGCUCCCUAUUGUUGUGAUCCAGAAAUUUUGCUAUCAUGGUAAUGUGACGUCACACUGGCCCCUCUCUAUUGGACCAGUUUUGUUAUCUGAGACUAUAUUUACGCAUUGAAACAGCUUCCUGUCACCUGCUGCAGAGGGUGGCAAGAUGAGCAUGGAUUGGGGCAACCUUUUCAAGCGUUACUACUAUGCCUAAAAAAUCCCCCCCCCCCCCAAAAAAAAAAAAAAUAAAUAAAUAGUUAGUACUCCGAUCCUUCUCUAUAUGAUGAAAUUUGCGGUUUGAUCAUAUCUACUUCAUCUACAGGAGCUAAAACAAAACUGAAUGCAAGGCUGACACUGCGGCAAAAGAUUGAUUUAUUGGAGGCCAAUAUUUCGGCUGACAAAAUUAGCCUUCUACAGGGGCAUUUUUGUCCAUGGGUAAAGGAAGUAAUGGACCUUAAUUGUCACGGUUUUCGACGCCAUCUUGACGAGCAGGCAAACGCCUGAGAAAUUACAGUGAUUGUGUGAGAAUCUAAAGUCGAAUAAUUUCCGUAGAACGGCUGUUCUGAAAAAAUUGGAUUUGUAAACUAAAGCUUCACUCCUAAGGAUUCUCCUGAACAAAAUUGAGGGCGUUUAAUGCACUAGAAGACCUAGACCCACUUUUUAAAAUUUUCUACACAUUUGUCUGUAAGAAAUUAAAGUCCUGGGAAAAUUACAGACAAAUAUAUGGAAAAUCUAAAGCAAGCCUCUGGAGAAAUUUAAGUACACGUACGCCCCCAAAUUAUUUUAGGACAAUCCUUUGCUUUGUAGCUUAUUUUACAAUAGAUUUUUUUUUUAGAACAGCCGCUUUACGGAAACUAUUCGACAUUAGAUUCUCAUACAAACACUAUAAUUUGUCACACGUUUGCCUACUCGUCAAGAUGAAGUCGAAAACCAUGACAUGGUGUAUUAAGAAAUAACAUCAGCACAGAAUUGCUGACCUAAACUGCAAUAUCAUCAUGUAUCAUCGUGACGUAGCUCCUUUGACAAAUGAUGGUAAUGGCGUAAAACUACUAUACGUAUACGGAUGCGUGUCACGAUCAUUUCAACACAUGAAUGACGAUUUAUUAUACUACGGUACACAAACUUCCUGCCACCAUUCGCACAACAAUAUCUUGCAGAGAAAACGAAGAGGAAGACGAAAACUUGAACUUAUUGUAAACAAGUUAGAAUUUCAUAACAAACGACUCGCAAAAAAGUGGGUACGUUUUUAAAAAAAUUAAGUACUUCUUUUUGAUGUCUUCCGGUGAAGUUGUGUUAUUUACAACAUCUAGUCUCGAUAUACCUUCCGCCACAUUUGUAUUGUAAAUGAAAUAACAGUCACGGCACCCAACGUUAGUUUUCGGAAAAGAUCUGUUCGGAAGACGAUUGGAGAUCUAGAAUUUUCCAAACAUUUAUUGUAAAAUUUCUUGCUUGCCUGCCUCUUCUAGGAAAUUCGAACAUAACAUGGUAUAAUUGCCCAUUUUAACGGAUUUUUACCCUAAAAAGGUAACUUAGAAUUUUCGGGAGCCUUUUUUUCUGGCUGAAAUUUUCGAAAAAGUAAGAUUUGAUCCCAAUAAUUUUCGGAUCAGUAGACGUUCAGUUAGCAAAUCCCAACAGAUGAAAAAUUUUUAGGGGAUAAAAAUAUGCCUAUACCUACCGUUUAAAUACUACAAUACGUUCAACAUGCUCUGCUUAAGUGGUUUUGAACUAUGUUCUGGUUGGGUGCCCCUGAACAGUCAUCUUCAGUGACUUCAUUUCCAACAGAUUCUUUACUAUUCUAACGGUUACUGGUUUAGAAAGUCUGGCUACCUCAUAAAGCCAGAUUCCUAACACAUUGAGAGCCGUUUAGGGAAUUAUUCUAGUAGUUGUGUAGGGAUAGGAGGUUCGUUUAUGUAGAAUGUUUCGUAUGCUCUGCAUACCGUGUGUAUUCCCUCCUCUGUUGAGGGCUUGUUACGUCCAUUGAAACAAGUAUGACGUCCGCUGGGACUAUGUACGACUAUGUACGACUUUUGUUGCACAGUUGUGCUAUAUUCUGAAGGAGUUUGUCGACUAACGAUGAUAAUUUCUCUGUCGGGCCAUCACACCCCUGGUUUCCUAGCAAUGGUCCAAAGUAACUAAAUUAUAAUUAUAGCAACCAGCAUUUAAAAAGACUAUCAAAUCAUAGGCUACUUAGACCAAAUUCAACAUCGAAAACUGAAAAUACCUGACAGUUUUCUGUCGAGUUUAAUUUAUCAAACAUGGUGGAAUUUUCGAAGUUCGAUGGAGUUUGUCAUCCCCGGCUGCCGUUAAGCUUUCAAAACAGCUUGUGAUGUCGACGUUUUUAAUGUACAAAUAAGUGGCCGAGCAGACCUUGAAGAAGAUGAAGAGACAUCUCUUGGACCAUGGCUUCGGCAGUCGACCUCGUUGGAACGGACGUGCUCCCGAAACGGCCAUGAGACUCCACCUAAAGUUCAGUAGUCAAACUGACAACUGUGAAUAAUUAACACAUGCUUUAAUAUAUAUACUAUGAGCGACAUCUAAUAGCGUUGUUAACCGUGUAAAAUGUCGCCAUCGUGUAAAUGACCUAUGAAAACUACCGUUUUUAGUUUUAAGCCAAGUCAAAAUAAAAUUACAAACCCUCGAUGUAUGUCUUAAAUUUGUUGCGAAGUGUUCAGAAUACAGUAUGACAGGUAGCUAUCUAUUUCUAUUUAAAAAAGCACAAACAGGUCCCGCAACUAACAAAACUACCGAGAAAAUUAUUAAAAAGAUUAGGUCACGAAUGAAAUAGGGAUUAGUUUCGUACAUCUCAAUCAUUGUUCCAUUGAUUUGUUUUUCCACUUGUGUACAGUCAGUGUCUCUUAAGACGGUGACAUUGUAACGAGUAAGAAUCGUAACGGUGAAGUUCUUCUCUUUGAUGUCCUUCAGUGAAAUUGUGUUGUUAACGCCAUACAGUAUGGUUAUAUGUACCUUCUCCGGAUUUGUCUUGUAGAUCACAGUUGUUUUCAGUUCCACGAGAUUCUUUUCAAGUCCGUCUUUCAGGGUUCGAGGUAUUGAGGAGUAACCCAGACAUAAGUUUCCAUUCGCGUCUAGUAAACUCACUCUUUCGGACGAAAUUCUUACGGCUCGCUCCUCAGGAAUGGACACGUAUUUUUCAUAGACUGGAAAUCCUUCACGGUAAACUGGAGCCUUAUUCAGGGCAUAUAUCUCAUGACGAAAUAACCAGACGCAACUCUUGUAAAUAGUUUGGUUAUUUGUGAUCCACGUAUCGUUUGAGAUUUGAUUACUGGAGUACAAAAUUUCACUGGUUCUAUUGGCAUAGUUUUGGAAAUUUUGAAGUUUAACCCUGAAUUUGCCGAACACUUGUCCGAAUCAUGACCACCUCUAACAUCAUGUAGCAACAGAACAGCAAAAACCAAAAUUACGAGGACAACUGUCAAAGUUUUCAUGCUGUGGUACCUUGAUGAAAGUUUCGACCUAAUUCUAAUACGCACUCGCAAACUAAACUGAUCACGAAUUACAAAAAUAUGCUUAUAGACAGCGGAUAAGGAAAAUAUUUCACGUACUUAUACCUAAAUUUACAAAACAAAAAACCGCUUGCACUACUUCCUUCUCUGCUGGUAUUUCACACACUUUCUCCUUUGUUUAUAAAUCACGCAGUGACAUCAACACGCUCGUUGUUCUACCAUUAGUAGUAACCGCAAAAGAGCAGUAAUUUUCCAUUUGCGGAACUUAGAACCUAUUCUCGUACCCAGAUCACUGGCGGGGUACUCGAUCAGCUAAAAGAAAGAGAAUAGAAAAUAAAUUCUCGAGAAAUAUUGUAAACAACAUUUUUUUUAAAGUAAUGAUCAAUUUAAGAUUGAUUUCCACUGACGCGUUUUUUGCUACGUACGUUAACGCACACGUGAUUUUGAAGCGAAAGAAAAGGUGUGUGAUGUCAUGUGGCUUUGACGUGAGAAUAAGGCAAGCAACUUCUGUUGAAAUGAGCGGCACCAUCAAAUUCAGGGGCACCCAACGGCUGUUUUCUGUGAAAUAUCUGUUCGGAGGAGCAAAAAUUGCCUAGAAUUUUCUAACGGCCUGAGAAGGCUAAAAACUUCUAGAUGACCGUUCCAUUCAUGUACAAUUUUCGAAGCUUAUCUAAUAAAGUCCCUACGGUUUUCUGAAGUUUAAUUUUUCCCAUUUCACUCCCAGGUUAAGCUAUUUUUCGUAGAGAAAGGAAACCUAACUUUUUCGGAAUCGAAAAUACGAUGCAGACAGGAAUCAGAAAAAUUCUCACUUUCGUAAAACGUGAAAUUGCAGCUAAAAUUUCCUGCUAACACCGCCUGCACGACAACAUGUCGACAAAACAUUUUAGAAUUCAGAAAUGGUUUAAGAAAAACUUGGAUUUUGCUGCCAUGUUAUGAGUUUAUCUGCUUAUAGUCGAACCAGUUGCUAUCUAAACAGUAAUCAGAACCCCACCCUCACCCCCUCCCCCAGCUUUCCGCCAUCGCCCCCAAAGAAGAAGAUUAGAUAACAUUAAAAACAAAACAAAGCAUGACCACAUAGAAUAGUUUAAGUAAGAAAUGAGUUUCCGUUUUUGUGCUUGAACAAGCUUGAACAAGCUUGUGCGAGCGAUAAAAAAGCAGGUCUCAACUUUAUAACCAGAAACCGCAAAAUGUUGAGAAUAUUAGCCUAAUGAAGUAGCAGUAAUUUUCCAACAAAAGAAGGAAGAGAAAGAAAUUUGUUUGCGUAGCAUAACCUGAAGUGUUAUUCUAUCCGCUAUAAAAAUUGCAUGGAUGUGUAAUUCGUUGUCAUUUUAUUCUGUGUGCGCAUCGGGUUAAGUCACGAACGUUUCUACGACAUCUAUAAUCUAUCGAGGUGCUACAACAUGAAGCCUCUGGCAACUGCUGUCCUCGUAAUUUUGACUGUUACUCUGUUGUUACAUGAUGGUGAUGCUCGCGGAGGACGUGGAGGAGGACGCAGUAGUCGAGGAGGAAGCCGUGGUUCAGGAUCUUCAAAAUCUAGGAUCACGAAAACUACACCAAUAAAACCGGUCAGAUUCCGUACUCCAGUAAUCAAAUCUCAAGCGAUACGUGGCUCACGAACCAAACUGUUUACAAGAGUCGCGGCUCGUUAUCUUGUAACGAUAUAUGUACUGAAAAAAGCUCCAGUUUACCGGGAAGGAUUUCCAGUCUAUGGAAGAUACGUAUCCAUUCCUAAGGAAAGAGCUGUGAGGCUGUCGUCCGAAAGAGUGAGUUUACUGGACUCAAAUGGAAACUUAUGUCUCACUCCGAGAAACUCCUCAAUACAUCGGACCCUGAAAGACGGAAUAGAAAAGAAUCUGUUUGAACUGAACUCGACUGUGAUCUACAAGACAAACCCGGAGAAAGUUAUCAGAAAGUACGGCGUUGAUAACACAGUUUCACUGGAAGACAUCAAAGACAAGAACUUCACAGUUACGACUCGUGCUCGUUACAAUGUCACCGUUGUUGAAAAUACUAACUGUACCCAAGUGGAAAAGCAAAUCAAUGGAACAAUGAUUGAUUUGUAUGAGGUUAACCCCAAUGCAGAAAACGAGGCCGGCAUCAGUGUUAAACAUAUCGUCAUAAUCGUAGUU